AUGUCGUCCUCGAGCUCAACAGGUAUCCUGCAACAACAAAUCAUAGAUGCGAUCGAGCCUCCCAUUGUCGCUCUCGCUUUCGAGGCUGGCUUCUACGUACUUUCAUUGACCUCAUUUAGCCUUUCAACAUACUUCCUCGUAAGUCACAAGGGUCUCAAGACCAGGGCGAUCCUGGCCAUGUGGAUCACAACUCUAGUCAUGUUUGCAGUCUCGACAUGCCAUCUAGCUUUGCAAUGGAAGUAUUGCAAAGCUGCGAUCGUAUCCCAGUUGUCGUUCCUUUUGCUACCGGAUUACUUACUGAGCGACGUCAUUGUGCUCUGGAGGGUAUGGAUCAUGUGGGAACGUAACGUGAAAGCCGUGAUAUUCCCGCUGCUACUUGCUCUGGCAUCGGCUGUUUCCGGGGCCAUCGCCGCAAGUGAAGGCAUCCUAUCGGGCUGGAUUACAGACUUCACUCGAAUGUACGGCCCCUCGUGGGUCAAUAUCAGUCUUCUUGUCACCUAUGCCUCAGUCUUGGCCACCAACAUCACUACCACCGUACUUAUUGGAGUUAAGUUAUGGCAACAUCGCCAGCUAAUUAAAGCUCACCUUCGAAGCGGGACUUACAAAAAUCGGGUCGGAAAUGUCUUCGCCCUCCUUAUUGAAUCUAGUAUCAUUUACUGUAUCAUAUGGAUCGUGUUUAUUGCGGUCCGGAUCUCAGAUGGCGUCGAGUUGACAGACAUAGACUGGUAUACAGUACUCUCGGCAAUCAUGGUUCAAAUCUCCGGAAUCUACCCGACUGCGAUCAUCGUCCUGGCCGCGCUUCAAAACACAGCUUGGGACAUGAGCGUCGGGAAGGAGAUAUCCCAACAUGCGACUCGGACCGAGAGACACUUCGCGACGCCAAACUUUCGCUCUGUAGCAUCAACGGGGGCCCACGAGCCCCAUGCGUCCGGGGCAGAUGUGGAGCGUGGUGAAGUCUGA